AUGCAACCAAAAUCUGUACCAGAAGGAAGGGGAGGGGAUGGAGGCGAGAGGAGGGGAGGGGAGGGGGAGAAGACGGGAGGAGGAGGAGAACGUGGAGAGUGGGAGGAGGGAGGAGGAGGAGGAGAAAGUGGAAAAUGGAGGAGGAGGAGGAGAGAAGAGGAGGAGAAGGAGGAGGGAAGAGGAGGAGGAGGAAACAAACGGAUCCAGAUUGUAAGGCCACUCAAAGACAGUGCAAUUCGUGAAUUUGGACUGAUCCUUCAGAACUUUGAUUGGUCUUCAGUUUACAAAGCCGAGAACACGAACGAUAAGUGUGACAACUUUUAUUCCGCACUUCUGCCACUGAUUGACGAGUAUUUCCCAUUAGUUGUUGUCAAAGGCCAUGACAACGACAAGCCAUGGAUUACCACCAAGAUCAAGGCUCUUAUUGCACUUCAGCAGGCUUUCCCUGCAGGAUCGAACAGAUGGAAAGAACUGAGGAAUAAAAUAAACAGACUUAUCAAAAAGGCAAAAUCUGAGUUCUAUGUCGGACGAGUGCGCAGAAUGAAGGGGAGCAACCCAUCUCAGUGGCACCGGAAUAUCAAAUCAAUGGCAGGAACAAAGCCCAAACCUCCUGUCAUUAAGGACGAAGGGAUCAAUGAGUCGGACACCACUCGUACUGCCAAAAUGAUCAACAGAUUCUUCGUCAGCAUAGCUGAAGACAUCAGUAGACUUGAUCUGACUGAUCUCCCAGCCUAUCUCCCUUCUCUACCACUGCCUACCAUUCAGCCUUGGGAUGUCUACCAGGAAUUGCAACACCUCAGCAGACGGAAGGCUCCCGGUCCAAAUUGUGGCCCAGCUCGGAUUAUUUCCGAAUUUGCACUGGAGCUGAGUCACCCACUCAAGGCUAUUUUCAAUGAAUCUAUCAGAGAGUUGGUGGUGCCACAUAGUUGGAAGCGAGCAAUUGUGUUACCCAUCCCUAAAACGACAAACCCCACCAUAGAAGACUUGAGACCAGUUUCGCUAACUUACCAUUUCACAAAGAUCCUGGAGAAAUUUAUCGCGAAGUGGUUGGUGGGUGACAUUGGCAAUGCGAUUGAUAAGUACAGCAACAGGAAAGGACAUUCAACUGCACAUUAUUUGAUAGAUAUACUAAACACAAUUCAUCAGAAUGCUGAUAAAGCCAAAACGGUCUCAACUCUGCAUGGUGGCUACAGACUUCAGCAAAGCCUUCGACAGGAUAGAUCAUGGGCUAGCUGUUAG